AUGUCGAGUGAUGAUAAAAAUAAACCUAGUGAACCCAAGAAUGAGCCCAAGCAAUGUGAUCCCGGGUGUGAACAAAAGUGUGAAACGAAAUGCCAGCCCAGCUGUUUAAAGAGGCUGCUGCAGCGGUGCUCUGAGAAGUGCCAGCCACCAAAGUGCCCACCACCAAAGUGUCCCCCGUGCCCCCCAUGUCCCCCACCAUGCCCCCCACCCCCAAAGAGCCCUCCACCAUGCCCACCGCCCUGCCCUCCUAAGCCGUGUGCCAAGCCCUGUCCUCCUAAAUGCCCACCGCCCUGCCCACCCCCAGAGUGA